AUUGGCUACCGACUGGUGUCACUCAAGGGGGCGCUACUUACACUACUGAUCAGUGCUCUUACAGUAAAUAUUUGUGUUUGCUCAACCGGCUGUAAUGGUGGAUGACUGAGACAGAAAGGAGAGGAAUAAAACCACGAACACGAAGUCCAGACGCAACACUACGAGCCGCGAGUAGGAAUAAAGCUUCGUCGCAAAAUGGAGGAACUCAAACACCAAGUAAUGAUAAACCAGUUCGUCUUGACAGCAGGUUGUGCGGCAGAUCAGGCGAAGCAGCUUUUGCAAGCGGCACAUUGGCAAUUUGAGACUGCCCUCAGUGCCUUUUUUCAAGAAACGAAUAUUCCAUACGGUCACCAUCAUCAGAUGAUGUGCACCCCAGCCAACACACCGGCCACCCCGCCCAACUUCCCUGAUGCCCUCACCAUGUUCUCCCGACUCAAGGCCUCGGAGAGCUUCAACAGCAGCAGCCCCAUGGCCUCCAUGGCCACCUCUCCCCCUCCUCCACACGGUUGCUGGGGCGUGCCCCCACUCCCCAUGCCCAUGAGCGGCCCACAGGGUCAGGGACUCUGGACUCAGGGGCAGCCCCCUUCGCAGCCCCCCUCUAACCCCACUGUCUGGCCCACGGGGGUCACCGUUAACCCCCACCAACACCAACACCCAGCCACCGAACAGAAGGCGAGUGUGGCCAUGGAGGCCGAGAGAUGAGGGGCCAGAACUAGACGGCCCUGGAGGGAGGGGAGGGGAGGGGGAUGAGUGGUGAGGAAAAGAAAGUGAAGGUGUGUCUCUUUCCAAUUGAGGAUGGUAGGGUGGAGAUAGAGACAGCUACACAAACCAAGAAAAACCAAGCAAGUACUAAACGUGGACAAUUCAAGAAGUGGAAACAAUGCAAAUAAGAAAUCAAACGUAUUUUUUUGUUUUUUAAGAAGCGCACACACUUAGUAAUAAGAAAGAGAGCAACUGAAAUCUUUGUUUAGAAAAAAAUAUUCUCUCAGUAAAUGCAUAGAUAAGAGAAAUGUAUGGAACAAAAAAUCUUCAAGUCCAAGGAUUAUACUUCUGAUGUUUUCUGAGACAAGGACUUAAAAGGCAGCAACUGUUUCUGCUCUUUCUUUUCUUCUCUUCUUUUCAUCUGUGUUUUUCUCUACUGGGAACAUGUUAUAAAGAGUGUGUGUACUGCAUGGAGAGAGAGGAUCUGGCAGUGCAGUGUUUAUACUUUACUCAUCACGAACGUGUUUGUGUGUAACCAUCUUUCACACACACACACACACACGCACAGCAGAGCAGAAGAAACAACGACCUAGUUUUCAUUACCCAUCAUAAGGUGGGACUCUUCUUACCUCACCUAGUCGUCACCUGACUUCUUUCAGCCUAUCAGGGAUUCUCAACUGUUUGACAACGCAGGACAUUUUUUUUAAACCAAUUGUGAUUUUUCAGCUCUGGUAUUUGCUCAUGUUGACAGUGGUAUUGUGCACUGCUAUAGCUUUUCUUUCCAACGAGGGGUGAUGCUUUGCUAUUAACCUGGUCUGGAAGAUAGAACUGUCCACUGCAAGGUUUCUGCAGAUUUGGGUAUUAUAUAAAAAUCACGGUUUGAUAUAUUAUAGUUUAAUAUGUUUUUUUUCCUUGGUGGGAGGAUUUGCGAGUGGGCGGGAUUUGUUUAGGUUGUGUUUGGGAAGAGCUGAUCGGUGAGGGGGGAAAAAAUAUCUACAGAAAAAACAGACUACUAUACUAUUUGUAAAGCAGAACUUGACACUUUGCAUGAUGUGCUCAUAAUGUAUACUGUCUUUUGUAGCAAAUGUACAUGAAACCGAGAUGUGUUUCUGGCUGUGGGGGCAGGGGAUACUACAUUUGAACCAGUAUUUUACUAGGCACGUCGGUUAAGACCACAUUCUUAUUCACAAUGACGGCCUAUAUGUUUUUUUCCAUUCCCUCUGGUAUAUCAUUUCUAUUGCAGCAUUAUACAACUGGUCAUCCCGUGUACUGUGAUCCUGCCUAUAGCAGGCUAUGAAAGGCAUUGAUUCAAGGCAAUAUUCACAUGCAUUCAGUUCUGUUGUCAUUGGGUUAUUUAAAUUGAAUAAAGUAUAUAAAAUAAAACCUAGCUAGAAAUAUCUUUUUCUUUUUUUAGGAAGAAAAAUAAACUAGGAAUAACUUCUUUGGACAAUAUAAUAAUGAUUAUGAGUAAACCAUCUUUAAAUUGACUAAAAUAAUGUUUCAGUUCAUCCCUUAUCCACCAUUUUGUUUGAAUCCGGGCGUCUCGGGAUGGUUUCCCCCUGUAUGACUGUAUUGAUAUACCAUUUCCACAAUAUUUGUGGACUACCUGAUAAUUAACUUAUCAUUUUUUGUGUUCCUAAAUAAAUAUUGUAUGUUGACCUUCAA